CAAUAAUCUGACUCGUUACUUCCUUGUUUUUGUCGGAUCCAUUAAACACAGAGACGUAAUGCAUUUUACCAGAUCCAUCGUUUUCAACAGGCGGAGACGGCAAGGCUGUAUAGCCUAGGAGCUCUACUUUCAUCCAACCUUCUACCCCUCUGUUUAUGUGAAUAAUGAUGCUGUGUUGGGGAAGCAGUGAUUCGGGUCAGCUGGGCAUCGGUGCAUCCGAAGUGCCGGUCUCUGAGCCCAGGAGCUGCUGCAUGUUUGACGGGAGGGGUCUGAAAGAAGUGGCAUGCGGUAGCCACCACUCACUCUUCCUUUUGCAUGACGGGAGCGUGUACACAUGUGGCUCCAACAGCUACGGUCAGCUGGGCCAUGACAAGGCAGGAGCCAGGCCAGAGCUGGUUGGAGCUCUGGAUGCUCAAAAGAUAGCUGGCGUAUCGUGUGGUCAGACUCACUCUCUGGCUGUGAAUGAGCAGGGGCAAGUGUUUGCCUGGGGGGCCGGUGAAGGUGGGCAGCUGGGUCUGGGUAUGGCUGAGGAGACAGUCCGGGUGCCCAGGUUGAUUAAAAAGUUAUGUGAGCAUCGAAUCUCACAAGUAAUGUGUGGCAACCAGCACUGUAUAGCACUUUCAAAAGAUGGUCAGCUGUUUGUAUGGGGUGAGAACUCUAGCGGUCAGUUGGGCAUAGGGAAGGGAGAGCCCAGCACACUGUCUCCUCAACCGCUCAAAUCUCUAAGUGGGAUUCCACUGUCUCAGAUCAGCGCUGGAGGAGACCACAGCUUCGCCUUGUCCCUCUCUGGAGCUGUGUUUGGCUGGGGGAAAAACAGCGCUGGACAGCUAGGGCUCAAUGACUCUCAAGACCGAGCUGUUCCCUGCCACAUUAAGUUUCUGCGGUCGCAGAAGGUUGUGUACAUCAGCUGUGGAGAGGCGCACACUGCUGCCUUGACUAAGGAAGGGGGUAUGUUCACAUUUGGAAACGGUUCAAGAGGACAGCUGGGCCACGACUCCACCAACAAUGAGCCUCUUCCACGCAGAGUGCUGGAGCUCAUGGGCACUGAAGUGUCUCAGAUCACUUGUGGACGGCAUCACACCCUGGCAUUUGUGCCCUCUACCGGUCUGGUUUAUGCUUUUGGCUGCAAUGCUCAGGGCCAGCUGGGUACAGGGAUGAGAGGAAAUGCCAAGAGCCCACUUCCUGUCAGGAACAUCCAGGCCCGGUGCAUUGGAAAUAUACACACAAAAAUGGAGUGCUACACCGUCAGUAAAAUUCACAGUGGAGGCGAUCAUAAUUUCCUGUUGUUGUCUAACAAGAGUUCAUGUUUUCCUGAGGAUUUCCGCAUCAUAAAUAUGACCAAAAGCAUUGCUCUGAUUAAUUCUGAGAAUCUGGACUGCUGGAGGAUGAAGCUCCAUGACAACAGCGAUUCAAGCAUCACAAAUGACAUCAUAGUCCUGUUAUCCUCUACUGCAUGUUGGAAUGCCAGCUUCUUGGACCAAAGUGAUGACAGUCAUUUUAAAACCAACCCCAAAGUCCCAGGCAUCGACUUAAACGCUGUCAGGCUUCUGUUUGAGACGUUAAUGAAACCAGCCUUUUCAAGACUGCUGGAGCAGGCCACGAAGAGCUUUGAGAGUCUGCUGAUCCCACAGCUGCCCUGCUCUCCUCCUGACGUGGAAGCCAUGAGGAUCUACCUAAUCCUGUCUGAAUGUCCUGCUCUCCAGGACUCCAAAAACUACAUCUCUCUCACCAUCCCUCUGGCCAUGGCCAUUCUCAGACUGGAUGCCAACCCCAGCAAAGUUCUUGAUAACUGGUGGUCUCUGGUGGAUUAUGAGGUGUUCUCCAGACUAGUGGAGAUGUAUAAAAGCAUUGUUGUGUUUUUGUUAACUGGUGGUAAAGCUCUCUUGAUGCCUGUGUUUCUGGAGAGCUACAUCAGUGCAGCCCUGAGACUGCUGGAGAAACUGCAUAAGGUGAACUUGAAGGCCCAUCGUGUGGAAUACAACCACUUCUACAUCCCUGAUAUCUCCAGCCUGGUGGACAUCCAGGAAGACUACCUCAAAUGGUUUCUGUGGAAAGCUGAUAUUAAAAUGCGAUACCCUCCAGUGCAAAGUUCUUUUACGUUAUGUGCCUAUCCGUUCAUAUUGAACGCGCAAGCCAAGACAACCGUGCUGCAAACAGAUGCUGAGCUGCAAAUGCAGAUGGCAGUAAGGGGCGCAAACUUGCACAAUGUCUUCAUGCUAUUGACCAUGGAGCCUUUGCUGGCAAGAAACCCUUUCCUGGUGCUCCACGUACGGAGAAACCAUUUAGUGAGUGACGCUCUGCGGGAGCUUACAGUCUACAAUGACAUAGACUUGAAGAAACCUCUUAAGGUCAUCUUUGAUGGAGAGGAAGCAGUAGAUGCUGGAGGAGUCACCAAGGAGUUUUUCUUACUCCUGUUGAAAGAGCUGAUGGAUCCGAUCUAUGGCAUGUUCACCCAGUACAGCGAGUCCAAUCUGCUCUGGUUCUCUGACAAAUGUUUCGUGGAGCUCAAUUGGUUCCACCUGAUUGGGAUCAUUUGUGGUUUGGCUAUUUAUAACUCCACUGUGGUGGAUCUACACUUCCCUCUGGUUCUCUACAAGAAGCUUCUAGAUGUUUCACCCACUCUUGAGGACCUGAAAGAGCUUUCUCCUACAGAGGGCAGGAGUCUGCAACAGCUUUUGGAGUUUGAGGGAGAUGUUGAGGAGACCUUCUGUCUGAACUUUGCAAUCACAAGAGAGUAUUAUGGGAUCACAGAGGUGAAAGAGCUGGUACAGGGAGGGAAAACCAUCGCUGUGGACAAGACAAACAGGAAGGAGUUUGUUCAGGCGUAUCUGCAGUAUGUGUUCAGUGACUCUGUUCAGGAGCUGUAUUCGGCCUUCUCCAGCGGUUUUCUGAAGGUCUGUGGUGGGGAGAUCCUUUCUCUCUUCCAACCCUCUGAGCUCAUGGCCAUGGUGGUGGGCAACAAUAACUACAACUGGGAGGAAAUGGAGAAGAAUGCCACAUACAAGGGUGAGUUCUCUGCUUCCCACCCGACCGUGAGGAUGUUCUGGGAGGUGUUUCAUGACUUCCCUUUGGAGAAAAAGAAACAGUUUUUAUUGUUCCUUACAGGCAGUGACCGCAUCCCUAUCCAUGGUAUGGCCAGUUUACGCAUAGUCAUCCAAUCGACCGCCGCGGAAGAGCACUACCUGCCUGUGGCUCACACUUGCUAUAACAUGCUAGACAUGCCCUGCUACCAGACCAAAGAGACCUUAUGGCACCGCCUCACACAGGCUGUGGAGCAGUACGAGGGCUUCAGUCUGGUCUGAGAGGGACUGCCGGGUACCGAGGUAGGGCUCCGGAGGUCUGGAAGCCGGUUGAAGGGAUCUUUGAGCAUCUGCUGACACUGCACUUUAAACUUGUGAAGAAAAAGGAACUAAAGCUGCUUUCGCAUUUACUUUACCACAGAAGAGCACAUACUGCAUCUAUUAUAAGUAAAUCUAUUAUUUUCGUAUUUUUUUCAGAGUGUCUCUGACCUAAUUUGGUUGCAUCAGAUGUAAAAAAAAAAUUCUUUUAUUUUUUUUUUUGUUAUGAAAGUUUAUAUUUUUAAAUAAUUAAAAAAUAUUAUUAGGCAUAUUCGGCAAAAUAAAUGAAAGCUUUAAAUUUCUUUAAAUAUUUUGUAAAUAUCAUUAAUGUUUUUGAAUCCAAAAAGGCAGAUUGCUCUCUAAGCCACAAUAUUUAGCUAUUUUGACUUUCUGGUAAGACGCAAACAAAUUUGGAACAAAUUUGCUAGUUAAAAUGCACCAAAUGCCCUCCUUUGCUUACUAUUGACCAGAGGUAUGCGUUUAAAUAAAUAUUCCAGGUUCAGUGCAAGUUACACUCUAUUGACAGCAUUUGUGGCAUAAUGUUGAUUAUCACAAAAAAAUAUUUUUGACAAGUCCAUCGCUUUUUAAAAAAAAAAAAAAAUGAAAAAGUUAGCAAGCGAUUUUUAUCACACAAAAAUCAAGUUAACACGCAUAUUGUAUACGACUUUUUGCCAUACAUUUGACACAGUGAGUAUUUUAACAUUUACGGAUUGGCCCCAUUCACUUCUAUUGCAAGUGCUUCACUGUAACCCAGAUUAUUGCUUUUUUCUUUAAAGAAAAGGAAGGACGUCAAAACAAAUUUUUGUGGUAAUCAACAUUAUGCCACAAAUGCUGUUGAUUGUAUCUUGAACAUGGAAUAAUCCUUUCAUGUCCAUCCAGAAAGAUCUCUGUUACAAGCCUCUCCUCCAAAUUGGGAGCUCGUCCAGGAUCAAGAAAAUAAAACCACCAAUAAAACGUACCAGACGGACAGUUUCAAACCCAACACACAAAAGGGUUUUAAUGUAAGAACAAAUCCCCUUGUUCCGAGCUUUACUCUUUCUAUCUGUGCUCAAAUUACACAGAUUAUGUAGUUCCGCACUUUCUAAAUUCAUUGAAACUUAUUUUUUUUGCAUUGAUGUAGAUUUUCAUGUCAUUAGAAACAUCAAAUGUCUCUUCUUAAAGGUAGGCAUGCAUGGACGUGCCAUGCUGGGGGUGGACGCUGAAGCUGCUUUUCGUAAAAUUUUGCAUUAUUUAAUCAAGGUAAAAAAAAAAAAACAUGGGAGCGGCUUUGGUUGAGAUUUUGUUGAAAAAUGUGAUCCAGCAAUAACUACUGGUUGAUGUGUACUAGUUAUGGUAUUUUAAAUAAGAUUUAAUCUGACAAAUGUGAAUAUUUUUAACAGUUGCAUAAUUUUUCCAUUCAAUCCAUUGCCGUUUUCGAUCAAGUCCCACCUGUUAUCUCGCAGAAAGGUCAUCUUAUAUACUGUAAAGGGGAUUUUUUUUUCUAAUCAUGCUUUCUUAAUGAACAGAGUUUGAGUUGAGUUGGUUUGCCAUUACAAAUGGAUCAAAGUGACUUGCCUAUGGUUCCUCAGUAGUUCUUGGUGUGUUGACAGAGAAUGAUAUGCGACUUUUAAUGGACCACAGUGAUGUUGUUUGCUGAGCCCUGUGGUCAGGUGUUUUGCAUCUAGCUGCAUGAGAUGUAUACAUUUUUCCAUCAUGUACAGUCACGUAAAGAAGUGUUCCUAUCCAACUUAAUCCUUUCUGUCAAUGUAUGCAAACAAGGGCUUCUUAGUGGCUGAUGCAUUGUUAUUUUAGUAAAGUAUAUUUACUUUUAUAGCUUUCAAAUGAAAUAUAUUGUUUUAUCUAUUUUUUCCAAAACAAUAAAAUUAUAAUUUCUCUUCA